AUUUUAAAAUAAAUGUCAUGUUUAAAUACAACACUGUUUGAACAGCUGUUGUCAAUGUGUAUGGGGUUUAACGCAUCGUGUGCAUCGUGUUUUUGUUUUGGAUUUGGUUUACAAUACGCAGUUUUAUAAAAGCAAAAUAUUAAUAUUUAAUAGAAGAUCACUAUGAAAGUUAAAAUGAUAAGUAGAAAUCCGGACCAUUACGUUCGCGAAACAAAAUUACAGAAUCAUAGAAUGCCGCGCAAUUUCGAUCCUGAAUUACAUCCAAUGGAAACGGCCCGGGAAUAUGUGCGAGCGUUGAAUGCCACUAAAUUAGAGCGAGUAUUCGCUAAACCAUUUGUGGGUAAUUUAAGUGGCCAUCGAGAUGGCGUAGCAUGCUUCGGAAAACAUCCAAAAUAUCUAUCCACUCUUGCUACUGGUGCCUACGAUGGAGAGAUUCGAAUAUGGGAUUUGGCGAAUCGUAUCAGUGUGCGCAAUUUCGUUGCUCAUGAUGGUUUUGUUCGUGGUAUUGUUUACUCAUCAAACGGUGAUCGUUUCUUCACUGUAGGAGAUGAUAAAACUAUUAAAGUAUGGAAAAAUGCCGUGCCAGACCUAGGUGAGGAAGAGGAACCAGUUAAUACAAUUUUAUCGCGCACAAUUCUGACCGACAUUUCACAUCAUCGAAAUGAACAAAUUUAUGCUACCUGUGGUGAGGUUUGUGCAAUUUGGGAUGAAAAUCGGAAUGAUCCCUUAAAAACACUUAAAUGGGGCGUAGACACAUUGCAUUCUGUUGCUUUUAACCAAGUUGAAACUUCAUUACUCUCGUGUUGUGCCAGCGAUAGAAGUAUUAUAUUAUACGAUCAGAGAGAAGCACAACCUCUGCGAAAAAUCGUUUUAACUAUGAAAAGUAAUAAGCUUGCUUGGAAUCCUAUGGAAGCCUUUAAUUUCACUGUAGCAAAUGAGGAUUGCAACCUUUAUACGUUCGAUACGCGUCAACUCCGAAAUCCUCUAAAGAUACACUUUGAUCACGUAUCUGCAGUAACAGAUGUGGACUACUCCCCAACCGGCAAAGAAUUCGUUACCGGCAGUUAUGAUAAAACAAUACGCAUAUACAAUGUUCAUCAAAGUCAUUCGAGGGAAAUUUACCACACUAAACGUAUGCAACAUGUUGUUUGCAUCGCUUGGUCAUUAGACAAUCGUUACAUAUUCUCCGGUUCGGAUGAAAUGAAUAUACGCAUGUGGAAGGCCAAUGCCUCAGAAAAAUUAGGUGUUAUAAAACCUCGCGAACGUGUCGCUUUCAACUAUCAAGAAAAAUUAAAGGAAAAGUUUGCCGCUCACCCUCAAAUAAAACGUAUUGCUCGCCAUCGUCAAGUGCCGAAGCAUGUGUUGAAUGCGCAACGCAAAAUGCGCGCCAUCAAGAACAAGGAGAAGGUGAAAGAGGCAAAUGUAAGAAAACACUCUAAGCCCGGGAAAGUACCAUUUGUAUCAGAAAAGAAAAAGCCGGUACUACGAGAGGAUGUUUAGAAGAAUUUCUUUUUAUUUCUUACUAUUAGCUCUAUUUUUAUGAUCAUAAUGUAAACUUUUAUUUGGAUAAAUACACGCUGGUUUCUUCAACUUUUUCUAUUUUCAAA